CCUAUAACCUCCAGCAUCACCACCGCCUGCACCGAAGCGAAUGAAAACAAACACUAACGAUGGCGGCGCCGGGGAGGAACUGCCUGCUGGGUUAAGGCAGGAGUGAUCGCUUGGUGGAAGAGAGGAGCCCUGAAGAAGACAAGCCGACGUGAGUGAGACAACUUGCUCAGUCCUAGAAGUAAAACGCCUGGAGUCCUGCGAGCCAGGAGCCUCCUGAGGCGUGCGGUGGCUGUCUGACCCGCUGUCACUGCAGUCCCGGGGCUCGGAACCUCACCCGAGAGGCGCGGCUGGCGGGCCCCGGCCCCGGCCUCCGUAAUGAGAGCUCCUCGCCUCUCUCUGUGCCACAGCUUCGCAGGUGAGGGUGACUGUUGACUAGUGAAAAAGGGACCCAAGGUUCACGACUAUAACGACCCGUGGAAACCUGCGAUCCGUUCUCAUUGAUAAAUCUCUGGAUUCCAAUAGGCAAUGGAAACUGAUCUCAAUUCUCAGGACAGGAAGGACCUGGACAAGUUCAUUAAAUUUUUUGCCCUCAAGACCGUCCAAGUGAUUGUCCAGGCUCGACUUGGUGAGAAGAUUUGCACUCGUUCCUCUUCAUCCCCAACGGGUUCAGAUUGGUUUAACUUAGCGAUCAAAGACAUCCCAGAGGUCACCCAUGAAGCAAAGAAGGCACUGGCGGGGCAGCUGCCCGCCGUCGGGCGGUCCAUGUGUGUGGAGAUCUCGCUCAAGACCUCCGAGGGAGAUUCCAUGGAGCUGGAGAUUUGGUGUCUUGAAAUGAAUGAAAAGUGUGAUAAAGAAAUCAAAGUUUCCUAUACUGUCUACAACAGACUGUCCCUGCUGCUCAAGUCUCUCCUUGCUAUAACACGGGUGACACCGGCCUACAGACUGUCCAGAAAACAGGGGCAUGAAUAUGUCAUUUUGUACAGGAUAUACUUUGGGGAAGUUCAGCUGAAUGGCUUAGGAGAAGGCUUCCAGACAGUUCGCGUUGGGACAGUGGGCACCCCUGUGGGCACCAUCACUCUUUCUUGUGCUUACAGAAUCAACUUGGCAUUCAUGUCCACCAGGCAAUUUGAGAGGACCCCACCUAUCAUGGGGAUCAUCAUUGAUCACUUUGUGGACCGCCCCUACCCCAGCUCCUCUCCCAGACACCCCUGCAGUUACAGAACUGCUGGCGAGGAUGCUGGUGGAGUGUACCCAUCCGUAGAAGACUCUCAGGAAGUGUGUACCACUUCGUUCUCCACCUCCCCGCCGUCGCAGUGUGUGUUUACUGUCACAAAGGCACAUUUUCAGACCCCUACUCCUGUGGUGACGGACACUCUGAGGGUUCCCAUGGCAGGACUGGCCUUUUCCCAUCAACUCUCAAGCUCUCGCCUUUCCUAUCAGCCUGCUGUCCUGGGCCUUGGAUCAGCUGACCUGGCUUACCCAGUAGUGUUCGCUGCUGGUCUAAACGUGCCACACCCUCACCAGCUGAUGGUUCCUGGGAAGGAAGGCGGGGUGCCUGUGGCUCCCAACCAGCCUGCCCACGGCUCCCAGGCAGACCAAGAGAAACUGGGGACCCACACCCCUUCUGAUGGGGCCCACUGUGCUGCCACACCUUCCAGCAGUGAGGGCACCGAAACCGUCUCCAACAGCAGCGAGGGCCGGGCCUCCCCCCACGACGUCCUGGAGACCAUCUUUGUCCGGAAGGUGGGGGCUUUUGUCAACAAGCCCAUCAACCAGGUGACUCUGACGAGCCUGGACAUACCCUUUGCUAUGUUUGCACCCAAGAACUUGGAGCUGGAGGACGCCGACCCUAUGGUGAACCCUCCAGACUCACCAGAGGCCGCCUCCCCACUCCACGGCAGCCUGCACUCCGAGGGCUCCAGUGGGGGCAGCAGCGGCAACCCGCAUGAUGACUUCGUCAUGAUCGACUUCAAACCAGCUUUUUCUAAAGACGACAUCCUGCCGAUGGACUUGGGGACCUUCUACCGUGAGUUUCAGAACCCGCCUCAGCUGAGCAGCCUCUCCAUAGACAUUGGAGCACAGUCCAUGGCGGAAGACUUGGAUUCCUUACCCGAGAAGCUGGCUGUGCACGAAAAGAAUGUUCGAGAAUUCGAUGCCUUUGUGGAAACGCUGCAGUAAAAGUAACCUCCAGUACCAGCAGCAACCCCUUUCUGUGGUCCCGGAGGCCAGAACCGCGCCUGUCCCUCCCGCUGCUCCCAGCCAGGUGGACGGCAGGACGAUUCCCCGGGGCAGCCCGGAAGCCCCAGCUCCGCACUUCCUAGAGACCCCCCCACUGGCCUUGGAGAAGGAAGACCCUUUGCAACAAGGGCCGCAGCAGGGCCGUCUCUGCACCCCGCCUGUCGCUGACUGUGUCACAAGGGUGUUGUCCACUUCUGCCUCCUGCCUGUCUGUCCAGGCCAUCAACCACUCGACAUUCCCACUGGUGGCCGAGACGGUCCAGGCAGAAAGAGGAAGCGGGCAGUGCUGGGAGGAAGAGGGGGUCUUGGGGUUCUCUGUCUCCCCAGUUCCCAGGGUCGGCUUCCUCUUGCUCUCUGCCCCCGUGCCUGUGUUUCUGGCAGUAUGAUAGCCUGCCUGCCCACGGUGACAGCGCCAGCACCAGCCGUACCUAGGGUGCCUGGUGAGGUUGUGCCACCUUGGACCGUCGAGCCAGCCCCUCCUCGGGGUCUGUGCACCCCUGGCGGCUGCCUGUGCCCAGCUCCUCAGCUCGCAAUCCCGCGUCCCCAGCAUUGUCACCCAGAGUCCCAGCAGAGCUUCUUCCUCCCCUUUGCGGCUCCUUGGUUAUAGGAAUGGUAAAUAUUUAUUACUUUCAGAGAAAUCAGAUAUUUUAUAGAGGAAACCACUGGAAGUGGCUAUUUUCCUCCUGGGGCGGAGGCCUGCCGCUCAGGAGCAUCCCCAGAACCUGGGCCGCCGCUCCCAAGGUCUUCCUGUGCCUGCGCACAGGGCAGGAGCCAAGGACGGGAGCCAAGAUGGGCCAGCAGAGAGCAGAGCGACCCCAGGUCAGGAUCGCGGCGUCCCUGAUGACCACAGGUGUCCUGGCGAGUGCCCGGUCUCUCAGCGCCUCCACAGCAGCUGUGUCAGUUCCAGCAGCCCAGACGUCUUGGGUGCUACCGUGAGGACCCCAGAGCUGUGCCGCUGUGGUACCCAAGCACGUUGCCUGUGCCUCUGUGGCUGGAGCGCCUUCUGCUCCUACUGCAACUUGGGCCUGGCCGCCGCCGCUUCCUGGAAUCUAGGUUGUGACGCUGCCCUGCGCUGAUCCCCCGUUGAGAAACGAAAGCUGGACCGGCAGCUAACUGUUGCCCUUAAAGUACCAUCACCUGAGCAGGUCAGGUGCCUCGCCUGCUGCUCUCCCGGCCUGCCCGGCCUCCCGGCCAGGUGUUGUGGCAGCAGCUGGCAGGUGGCCCUGGGUUGCUUUGUCAGUAAACUGCAUGUGACAGCGUCCCUGCUCUUGAGGCUGGCUGAGGCGGAGCAGACUCAGGGGAACCCUGGCUGUGCCUGCUUCUCCUGCCACAGGGAAGUGCCCUGGGCGGUGGCCAGCUGGCCCUCCCGCCUCAGCCCGGGUGUGUCCGUGGCUGCCGAACCCAUCAGAUUCCCCAGCUGCAGCCUGGGCGGGGGAACCUGGUGCAUCGCGGACGCCCCCAUCUCAGCCGCCGCCCUCUGCCCGAGUCCUGCAUGAAAAGCCUGGUCCUGCCAUCCACAACAGUCUGCGGCCCCCCUGAUACGGCCCCUGCGGGCCCAGCCUUUCUCCAGCUCCCCACCCAGGAAGCGGCCGGGGAGGCCAGGACCUGACCUCAAGCUGGGCCAGGAGGAGCAAAGCGACAUCAAGGCUGGUCCUCGCCCUGAGCCCUGUGGACAGGGCCGUGCCUGUCCAGGCCAGGACCAGUCGUCUCUCUCCAGGUGGCUCAGCUCCUCCCCCUCCGGCCUCCUUGGGAAGUAGCUGAGCGGCACUUCAAACUGUAUUCAGAGAUUUCCAAUAAAGGUUUUUCUGUACUUUAA